ACGAUAAUGUACGCGGGUAUGCAGGAGAUGUUUUUCACUGGCGAAUGUGACUCAGGUAUACGGUACAACAUAUCGGCUCAGUAACGGUGCAAAACGAACAGAGGUGUUUUUGUCUCCCUUCGACAGCGUAUUUUUGCGUUUUCCUCAUCUUUGAUUACACCUGUUCGCUGAGUGGAUUUGGAAGUUGUGGAAACAUGCAGCAGGGUCAAGCUCAACCGCCGGGCCAGCCGUGGCCAGGGGCGUACGGCCAGCCGCAGCAGGGCUACCCACCUGCGGGCGCUGGGGCGGGCUACCCACCGCCUACUGCCGGGGGUGGCUACCCACCAGCCGCCGGCUACCCUGCCGGACAAGUCCAGCAACAAAUGCCGGUAAAUCCUGAGAUGGUGCAAAUGCAGCCAGCGUACGGCCAGCAGCCCGGCCAGCCGGGCCAGCCGGCACCUGCCCAGUGGAUGCCCGCCCCUCAACCCGUCAGCAACUGUCCUCCCGGUCUGGAGUAUCUCUCGCAGAUCGACCAACUACUGGUCCAUCAACAAGUGGAGCUGUUUGAAGUUCUCACCAACUGGGAAACUGCAAACCGGUACCAAGUGAAGAACAGCUUGGGACAGCAGGUGUACUUUGCCCACGAAGAAUCGGAUGCGUUCCAGCGGCAGUGCUGCGGACCAAAGCGUGGUUUCACCAUGCACGUUACGGACAACCAAAACACGGAGGUGAUACGUGUGAAUCGUGAGUUCAAGUACUUUGGAGGUUGCUGCUGGUUCGCAAGCGCGGAACCCUGCUCCAUGGAAGUCUCCAUAGAAGCUCCUGUGGGUCAUGUGGUCGGCUACGUCAAACAAUCAGCGAGCUUCAUGGCGCCAGAGUUCAACGUCCUGAACGAGAAAGAGGAGCAUGUCCUUUCCAUCAAGGGUCCCAUAUGCAUAUGUCAGGGCGCCCUCUGUACGGGAGACCAGGAGUUCGUGAUAAUGAACAGUGAUGAAACUCAGGAAGUUGGAAAGAUUAGCAAGCAGUGGUCUGGACUGGUCAAGGAAUACUUCACAAAGGCAGACAAUUUCGGCAUCUCGUUUCCCAUGGAUUUUGACGUCAAAAUGAAAGCAACCAUGCUGGGAGCUGUCUUCCUAAUCGAUUUCAUGUUUUUCGAGGAGCAACAGCAACAGGACGAUCACCACCAUCACCACCACUAGAGGGCGCCAUAGAGCCGGAUAUGAGAGAAAUCUCGAUGAAGUAGUCCAGGUCAAAGGUUAUUCGGGAUAAAAUCGCUGAAGUGAUGAUACGCGAUGUUACGCAGACGUUUCCGCGCGCCUUCGAUUAUCCCGAAUGACCCGUGACCCUAUAUCAUUGUGCACAUGCGCAAUUGGCUUAUUGAUCAGCUGAUCUGAAGAGAGGAUCAACACAUCUUUUUUUUUUUUUUUUUUUUUUAAAUAUUUUUUUAGCUGAAUCUUAAAAGGGUGUAUUGAUCAAAACGAUGAGAGGUUAGAUAAAGUUGAUCUCGCAGGUGUAUAUAGAAAAACGCUUUCGUUCGCGUGCAUGAAUUUAAGAGCGCAAAUAUUAGUGUUUCUGAAUCAAGAAAAUCAUUGUGAAUUGAGAUAUUAGCCCACAAAUAUAUUAUAUUCCACACUGUAAAUAAUGCGUAUAGGCUGCUACCCUACUCCAUCGUGUUAUGUUGAAGUUUACGGAUGUUGUGUCUGUAGACUGCAAUUGAUUUAACCUGACUGAUUUUCGAACGGGUUUUCUUGUUUAACCCUAAAAGGGCCGGGGCGGAAUCCGCCCCCCCCCCCCGACUUUUUCCGCG